UUAUUUUUUAAAUUAAGCUGCCGUGCGUCCAUUGUUCGACGAACAGGGUAUCAAAUAUCAAUGGUGUCUCGCCUAACCAAUGUUGAAGCUUCUCCCGCUGAACUGCAAACUCAUAUUCCCCAAGAAUUCUCCCCUGAUUAUCUCAAGAUCGAAUACAUGUUCUUCCUCACUGCCUUCUUCUUCCUCCUCGGCUUCACAUUCGACUCCAUCAAUCUCUAAUCUCACAAAAACUAUACUCAACUGCAGAAGUCCCAGACAGGCACUCGAGUUCUUCCAAUGGGCUUCUAAACGAGUACACGUAGCCAAGAGCCCUCAGCUCUAUUCCGCGAUCAUUCAUGUCUUAACCGGGGCCAAAUUGUAUACCACAGCCAGGUGUUUGAUGAAAGACCUCAUCCGAAACCUCCGAAAGUCUCGUAAACCCGACCAUGUCUGUUUAUCGGUGUUCAAUGUGCUCAACAAUCGAUUAGAAAGCUUUAAAGUCAGUCCCAAUGUGUCGGGAGUUCUAAUUAUUGCGUUUUCUGAAAUGGGUCUUGUUGAAGAAGCGUCUUGGGUUUAUUACAAGAUUGGCAGAUUGCCAGCGAUGCAGGCUUGCAAUGCGUUCUUAGAUGGCUUGCUCAAGAAAGAGAUGUUCGAUUCAAUGUGGGAGAUUUAUGGGGACAUGGUCUCUCGUGGGGCGUCGCCAAAUACGGUUACUUAUGGCAUAUUGAUCGACGGGUGUUGCAGGACGGGGGAAAUUUCGAGAGCACGAAAGUUGUUCGAUGAAAUGGCUGAAAAGAGGGUUGAACCAAAUGUUGUUAUCUAUACAAUUUUUAUACGUGGUCUGUGCAGUGAGGGUAAAAUUUUGGAUGCAGACAGCUGGUUUUGUUCAAUGAGGAAAUCUGGCGUGCUUCCAAAUCUGUACACUUACAAUACUCUGAUUGAUGGGUACUGCAAGAUGGCCAAUAUAAAAGAAGCUCUUGGCUUGUAUAGGGAAAUGUUAAGUGAUGGCGUGGAGCCAGAUGUUAUUACGUUCGGUAUCCUAGUUGACACCCUCUGCAAAGUGGGUGAAUUGAUAGCAGCCAAGAGCCUUUUGGUUUUUAUGGCCAAGUUUGGCGUUGCUCCCAACAUAUUUGUAUAUAAUUGUUUGAUUGAUGGCCAUUGUAAAGCAGGGAACCUGUCGGAAGCAUUGGAUUUGCAUUUAGAGAUGGAAAUUUUUUACAUUUUGCCCGAUGUUUUUACAUACAGUAUACUUAUUAAAGGCCUUUGUGGUGUGGGUAGAGUGGAAGAAGGGGAUGCACUGUUGCAAAAAAUGCAGAAAGAUGGAGUUACUGCAAAUUCUGUGACAUACAAUACACUAAUUAAUGGCUACUGUAAACAAGGAAGCAUCAACCAGGCUUUGGAUGUUUGUUCUCAAAUGACAGAAAAGGGUAUAGAGCCCAAUGUCAUCACCUUCUCUACCUUGAUUGAUGCUUACUGCAAGGCUGGGAACAUGGAUUAUGCCACGGGAUUAUACUCAGAAAUGAUAAUCAAAGGCCUGGCGCCUGACGUGGUUACCUACACAACCAUGAUUGAUGGGCACUGUAAAAAUGGUAACACAAAACAAGCUCUUCGACUGCAUAAGGAGAUGCUAGAGGUAGGCCCCCCUCCUAAUGUUUUCACUCUUAGUUGUUUGACUGAUGGACUGUGCAAGGAUGGAAGGACUUGGAGUGCAGUUGAGCUUUUCUUUAACAAAACUACAUCUAGUUCAUCUGUCAGUGAGAUGGAUGAAUUGAAUAGCCAGUCUUGCACCCCAAAUGUUGUAACGUAUACAGCUUUAAUUCAAGGUUUGUGCAAAGAUGGGCGGAUUUUUAAAGCCAGUAAAUUCUUCACGGAUAUGAGAUGUUAUAGCUUGACACCAGAUGUGAUCGCUUGCACUAUCAUUUUACAAGCACAUUUCCGAGCAAAGCAUAUGCUUGAUGUGAUGAUGUUGCAGGCUGAUAUGCUAAAGAUGGGCAUCAUGCCAAAUGCGGUCCUAUACCAGGUCUUGGCUCAAGGUUAUGGAGAAAAUGGAGAUGUCAAAUCAGCUUCCAGGUGUUCUGAGGAUUUAUCAAUGUUAGAAAAUGAUUUGAAUCGGGAGUUUCUGUAACAAGACAUUUUUCUUGGUGAUAUGAGGCAACAGUUCGCGACUAAUCUGAACCAUAAAACAACUUGUGGGUGGAAAUCCUCUAAAUAGAGGUUUUUUAAGAAAUGUUGAACAUUCUUUUUUCAAAGAGCUUGAGAAAUGGAAAAAUGGUGUGGAUGCUGCAACAUUGAUGUUCCUCUUGCCAAGUCUGGAAGCAAUGGUUGUGUCAAUAGCCUCCAUGGUGACCUUGUAAAAUCUCUUGUACCUGAGACAGCGCUGCCUCUUUUUCUGUGGAACAAAAUGCAUAUUCAACCAUUUCUUGAAGAGGUAUUGAUUAAAGGGAAAAAAGCCUAGUUGAUUUGGCCCCAACCGUGGGCUCGUGAUGUUAGCUGCUUGAUUGACUGCUUAGGGUUGAUUUUUUCCCCCUCGGUACCAUGUGGGGUCAAUUUUUUAGAAAAUUCAUUUUUUCUCUCUUUUUUUUUCAAAAUAAAAAAGUUGGCUACUUAAGUUGGUUUUGGGAAAGGAAGUCUUGUAAUACCGUCACCCCAGCUGGAUUUUGAAAUGUGGAUAAGGUUAUGUAGAUUAUUUGAAGUCCAAAUCAAAUAAGAAUUUUGAAUACUUCUUGUUUAGCCAAAA